AUGCCUUCCCUCGGUACCCUCCUCAACCUCCUCUUCAUAUUCAUAUCCCUUGGUCUCGUUCAAUGCAAAUCCACCGCCCUGCCCAAAUCCGCCGACAUUUAUCACUGGGCUGUCAAUGUGCCGCAGCCAUCUCUCCUGGCCAAGAUAGCCUAUGACCCCGACACACUCGAAAGCAAUGUCCUCUCGUAUACGCCCCCGACCGCCGAGGGCGGCGACAAGGAUCUGAAAUACAGGAUAGGAUUCUAUACCACGGCGGCGGAUGGAUCGAAACAAUGGGUCGGAAGUCUGGUUUCGCAGUCAGCGUGGACAAGUACCACCUCAGCGAAUAAUCUGCGACUAUAUCUCAGCGGCUCGCAGCAGCAUGAUUUGUAUUAUGUUUCGCUAUCCAAGAAGGAUAAUGAGGAGGAGUCCCAGGAUUCGAUAGGCGUGGAGCUGGUUUACCCCAGUGCUGGCGCACUGCCGGAAUUGAAUAAGCCGAUUGUAGUCAGUCCAGGUGGCACUGCGCCUCCGGAAGAGGUUGAGAAGACUUUUUUCCAAAAAUACUGGUGGGUGUUGAUGAUUGUUGCGGUAUUGACGCUAUCUGGAGGUGGAGGAGAGGGACAAUAA